UCCAGCAGCAAAAACAACAAAGAAAGCAGCAGCAGAAACAACAACAGCAGAGAGUGGAACGGCCGCCGCAGCAGAAGUCAAUCCAACAACAGCUGCUUACAGUUGGACCAAGCAGUGCUCUGCUGCUGGCUCUGCUGAUCCCCCCUGCAUUGCACACAGAAAUCCAUGCAUGAGGCCAAGAAGCAGAGCUCUCUCUCUCUCUUGCUCUCGCAGUGGUCUGACUAAAAGCGCCGUUUGACGGAGUUUUGCCGGUGGCGGCGGCCCACCGACGACAAUUGCCGGUCCAUCUGUUGGUAAUGUGGCCAAUACCACGACAGCCCUAGCCGGUGCUAAGAGCUCAAGCAAUAACAUGUAUUCCACCCGCCAAUCUGUAAGCACCACGACCGGUGUACUUAUGGUCGGACCAAAUUUUCGUGUCGGUAAAAAAAUUGGCUGUGGUAAUUUUGGCGAAUUGCGUUUAGGAAAAAAUCUUUACAACAAUGAACAUGUAGCAAUAAAAAUGGAGCCUAUGAAGUCAAAGGCUCCGCAACUACACUUAGAGUAUAGGUUUUAUAAACUAUUAGGAUCACAUGCCGAAUCCGCCCCAGAUGGCGUACCACGCAUUUAUCACUUGGGCACUUGCGGUGGCCGUUACAAUGCCAUGGUUUUAGAGUUAUUGGGAUUGUCAUUAGAAGAUCUCUUCAAUAUUUGCGCCCGUAAAUUUUCACUUAAGACUGUAUUGAUGAUAGCAAAACAACUUCUCCACCGGAUCGAAUAUGUUCAUAGUCGGCACUUAAUAUAUAGGGAUGUGAAACCAGAGAACUUUCUCAUUGGCAGAACGUCAACAAAACGUGAAAAAAUUAUACACAUAAUUGAUUUCGGUUUGGCCAAAGAAUACAUUGAUUUAGAUACAAAUAGGCAUAUACCAUAUCGGGAGCAUAAGUCCCUAACGGGCACCGCACGCUAUAUGUCAAUCAAUACGCAUAUGGGGCGUGAGCAGUCGCGACGUGACGAUCUGGAGGCAUUGGGUCAUAUGUUUAUGUAUUUCUUAAGAGGUUCACUGCCGUGGCAAGGCCUUAAGGCUGAUACACUCAAGGAGAGAUAUCAAAAAAUCGGUGAUACGAAACGUGCAACGCCCAUUGAGGUGCUCUGCGACGGACAUCCGGAAGAGUUUGCAACAUAUUUGCGUUACGUACGGCGGUUAGAUUUCUUCGAAACGCCCGACUAUGAUUUUCUGCGAAGACUGUUUCAAGACUUAUUCGACCGUAAGAACUACACCGACGAGGGAGAGUUCGACUGGACAGGGAAGACAAUGACCAAGGAGCAGCUGGAUCAAAUGAAAGUCAUUAAGAAUGCGCCGCCGUCGCAUUUGGCCAAGAACAAGUCAGAUAAGUCAACGCCCGUCGGAUCUCUGCAAACUGGCCAUGAAGUCAUCAUUUCACCAAAUAAAGAUCGGCAUAAUGUUACGGCUAAGACAAAUGCCAAAGGAGGUGUUGCUGCGUGGCCUGAUGUGCCAAAGCCGGGGGCAACACUGGGCAAUCUAACGCCGGCCGAUCGGCAUGGCUCAGUGCAGGUUGUGAGUUCGACGAAUGGCGAACUAAAUCCGGACGAUCCCACGGCCGGACACUCAAACACGCCCAUCACACAGCAGCCUGAAGUCGAAGUUGUCGAUGAAACAAAUGGUUCCUUAUAUUCCAGAUGUUGUUGUUUCUUUAAACGAAAGAAGAAGAAAUCGACGCGCCAAAAAUGACUAGACGGUGUACAAUGUAGUCCGGAACGCGAGGCAGUCACCCUGCUGCGCGCCACUUCACAUUCAAACUCACGGGAUAGCGUAUUGAAUAAUCCGAGUCAGGAUUACAUCCAGCAGGCAACGUCGCAGCACACGCUGCGUUAUCCUCCAUCCGCGUCGAUGCUGACGCCCACACCAACUACAAACACACCGACACUUCCGUUGUAAUUUAUAUUAAUAUAAAACAAACACCCCACAAACAAAACAUAAAACAAGAACAGAGAAUGCAAAAACA